AUGGCCCCAGGAGCUCUCAUCGGAUCCGAAAGUCCCCCUCUGGCCCCCCUGCCAGGCAAGCUCGACGUCGUCCCUGCCCUCUACGCCGAAGUUGACGAGAACGACCUCCGCGAAAAGGCCAAGGCUCACCUGGCCUACUACGGCACCAAGUUUCACGACGAUGUGAUUAUUGGAGCUCGGGGGAUGUACCUCUACACAGCCUCUGGCCACAGGAUCCUUGACUGGACCUCGGGCCAGAUGUCCUGUCUCCUCGGUCACGGACACUCCGAAAUAGUCAAGACGAUCCAUGACCACGCCAUGCAUCUCGACCAUCUCUUCUCAGGCAUGGUCUGCCCGCCCGUCAUCAGGCUAGGAGAGCGCCUCUGCAAAGCCCUUCCCGACGGCCUAGACAAGGCCUUCUUCCUCUCCACCGGCGGCGAGAGCAACGAGGCCGCCAUCAAAAUGGCCAAAAUCUACACCGGCAAGUGGGAAAUCGUCGGCCUCGGCGCGUCCUGGCACGGCAUGACGGCGCAAGCCCUCGGCGCGCAGUACCACUUUGGCCGCAAGGGCCAGGGCCCGACCAUCCCCGGCCAGUUCAUGCUGCCCUCGCCCAACGCGUACCGGUCCCAGUUCCGCAAGCCCGACGGCUCCUACGACUGGGAGGCCGAGCUCGACUACGGCUGGCGCAUGAUUGACCUGCAGUCGACGGGCAACCUCGCCGCCUGCAUCGUCGAGUGCAUCCAGAGCUCGGGCGGCAUGCUCGUGCUCCCGCCGGGCUACCUCGCCGCCAUGAAGCGCCACUGCGAGGCCAGGGGCAUGCUGCUCAUCGUGGACGAGGCCCAGACGGGCGUCGGCCGCUGCGGCGACUUCAUGGCCAUCAACCACGAGGGCGUCGUCCCCGACAUCCUGACGCUCUCCAAGACGCUCGGCAACGGCCUGCCCCUGAGCGCCGUCGUCACCAGCUCCGAGAUCGACCGCGUCUGCGAGGAAAAGGGCUUCAUGUUCUACACCACCCACGUCAACGACCCCUUGCCCGCCGCCGUGGGCGACAAGGUCCUCGAAAUCGUCUUCCGCGACGACCUCGUCCGGCACGCCCGCGCGGCGGGAAAAGUCCUCCACGACGGCCUCGCCCGGCUCAUGGCGCGGUACGGCUGCAUCGGCGACGUCCGCGGCCGCGGGCUCAUGGCUGGCGUCGAAAUUGUCGCCAGCAGGGAGACCAAGGAGCCCGCCCUGGAGCUGGCCAAGCGCAUCGGCGACGCGGCCUACCGCCUCGGCGUGUGGGCCAACCUCAGCAGCCACCCGAGCUUCGGGGGCACCUUUCGCAUCGCGCCGCCGAUUACCGUGACGGCGGAGCAGAUUGAGGAAGGGUUGGACAUGUUGGAGAGGGCCUUUAGGGAGACGGAGGGGACGAUGCCCCUGUACGACUGA